AUGCUCAACUUUGUCCCGAUGGACUUGAAGACAUACUGCCAGAAGGCGGAUACGAACUUCCGUCGAGCAACACCUUCGGCCGUCAACUUCUUCGUAGUUGGUACGAAAUGGCAACGCUUCGUCAAUGGAUCGACGACGGCCCAGAUGGAGUCAACGUUCCGCUUCGUUCGUGGAAGCUCGGUGAUGAAGUCCAUUGAAAUCGACCUCCAUCGUUCGUCUGGAACACUCAGUGGUUCGAGCAAGCCAGGUGGCUUCGUCAACCGGUGCUUGUUCCGUCGACACGGCUCACAGUCGGCGAUGUAG